AUGAACAAUGAACAACCACCACCACAACAGGCUCACACGAGACAAAUUUCGUUCAACGUGUCAGACCACUAUCAGAUUCUCGAAGUGGUAGGUGAAGGGGCAUAUGGGAUCGUUUGCUCAGCUAUCCACAAGCCUACAAACCAGAAGGUUGCUAUAAAGAAAAUCGAGCCAUUUGAAAGGUCGAUGCUAUGCCUUCGGACCCUUCGAGAGUUGAAGUUGCUUAAACAUUUCAAUCAUGAAAACAUUAUUUCUAUCCUUGCCAUACAGCGACCUAUCAACUUCAACUUAUUUAACGAAAUCUACUUGAUUCAGGAGCUUAUGGAGACUGAUUUACACAGGGUUAUCAAGACGCAGAAGCUAAGUGACGAUCACAUCCAGUACUUUAUUUAUCAGACAUUGCGGGCAUUGAAGACCAUGCACCUGGCAAAUGUAUUGCAUCGAGACUUGAAGCCUUCGAACUUGUUGUUGAACUCCAACUGUGAUUUGAAGAUCUGUGACUUUGGAUUGGCUCGAUCCAUUGCGUCCAGCGAGGAUAACUUUGGAUUUAUGACUGAGUAUGUGGCCACAAGGUGGUAUAGGGCCCCAGAAAUCAUGUUAACGUUCCAGGAAUAUACUACUGCCAUUGACGUGUGGUCUGUGGGAUGUAUUUUGGCUGAAAUGUUGGUGGGAAGACCGUUGUUUCCGGGGAGAGACUACCAUAACCAACUUUGGCUUAUCAUAGAGGUAUUGGGAACACCUAACAUGGAAGACUACUAUAAUAUUAAGCUGAAACGUGCUCGAGAAUAUAUUCGUUCGUUACCCUUCGUGAAGAAGGUUCCAUUUGCAAACUUGUUCAACAGUGAGGCCAUUAACCCAUUAGCUAUCGACUUAUUGGAAAACUUGUUGGUAUUUAAUCCGGCGAAGAGAAUAACAGUGGACAAUGCAUUGAACCACCCAUACCUUAAUAUAUACCACGACCCGAACGACGAGCCGAUCUCUGAAAAGAUCCCCGAAGAUUUCUUUGAUUUCGAUAAACGUAAAGAUGAGUUAUCAAUUGAAGACUUGAAGAAACUUCUCUAUGAUGAAAUUAUGAAACCGUUAUAA